AUGCUAUCUUCAUUGAAUAUCCGCGCGCCUGUGUCUCCUGACGACUCGGCGCCGGACUCCCCUUCCAUCCUCCUCCGCAACGCCUCGCCUGUGCCCCCCAGCCCUCGUAAGAGUGUGCGUCUGGCCUCCAGGGACCCAGGGUCGGUGCGCGCCUUCCUCGCGGCGCGGGGGGUCGUGCCCGGCCCCGACGCUACUGAAGUGUUGCAGACUUUCCACGUCCUGCUCUGUCAGCAGUGA